AUGUUGGCACUGAGCGUGGCGCUGACGGUCGAGUACAUCUCGACGUUCGUUUCGCUCAUUUGCCUGCCAAUCAACGUCGCUUUCGUCUAUUUGAUUUUUGUCGAAAGGUGAGAAAGUUGUGAAAUAGCUUGAAAUCGAAGAAAAUCAGGCGAAAAAAUGGAUUUUAUUAAAAAUUUCAUAUGUUUUUUAACAUUUUUGAUGGUCUUUUUUAAAGGAGCAUAUGAGCAAGCUUUAUUAUAGGGUCUCGAGGCGAAAAUUCAAGAUCAUUAAACGCUUCUGCGCCUUUGAAACAGUUCUGAAAAGAGUUUUUCGCAAUUUUUGAAUGAUCGAGUCAAUUUAGGAACAGAUUUUUGACAUUUUCAGCGAAAUAAGGUUUCUAAAAAAAUAAGGUUUUCGAGUCGAAAAUCAUUUUUUAUGACUCGUUUCGAUUUUUGUUUCGAAAUGGAAAGUGCUGUAGUUUCUCACUGUAAAAAAAGAUUCUAAGAUUCUGAAAAAAAUUCCUGAAACUUUUUUGUCAAACUUCUAUUGGUUUCGUAAUAAGAUUGUGAUUUAUCAGGCUUUUAGCGAACUUUGAACAAAUUUUUCGCAUUUCAGAAAGUUCUACUGUCAGUCCUUUGUUAAUGGGGCAUUCACAUAAAUUUUCCAGAAAUCUGCGAAUUUUGCUCACAAGUCUGAUCAAUCUUACGUAUCAUAUGCGUUAAAGUUAUGAAAUUUAUGAUUCAUCCAAAAUUUUCCAUUUUUUUUUUCAUGUACUCCAUUUUUCUGUAUGUUAAGAAGGUGAUGAAAAAUUAAAGCUUCGUUAUUUUAUGGUUUUUUUUUCUUUUUGGUCUCUUUUUAAAGCCAGGCUGGUUAGUUUAAACCUGAUAACUUUGUAGUUUCGAAAUAUUACAAUUAUUAAUAUUUUUUUAUAAGGAAAAAUUCUUGACAUUUUUGCAAUUUUUGUUUGCUUCUGAAGCAAUCUUCGACCACAAAUUGUUGGCUAAUCGAAACGCGAUCGUAAAAUUUUACGCACAGCCAAAAAUAGAAAGUCCAAUGACCCAAUGAUAAAGAUGAACGAUUUGAAAUCCAAGAACACUGCCAAAGUCGAAAGUGCGGAAAACGGGUGCGAAAAGGGAGUGACUGCAAAAUGGCCGCUAAAAGGGCCCCUUUUUACGGCCUUUAUUGAGCCUUUCCUUUUUGGUGGGUUAAAAAGGGUCAUAAAAGGGCGAAAAAAGGGAAAGGCCGCAAAAAGGGUGAAGAAAGAGUGAGGGUGCAAAAGGGCCCUGAAAUUCUCUUCUAUUGAUAAUUUCCGAUUUCAUUACUGUUGCAUAUUAUGGUUCAUACACAGUCCCUUGUAAAAAAAUUAUUCCUAAUUUUUAAAAAAAUUGAAUUUCUCAAAAGGGUCCAAAAAGGGUGGAUGAAGGCCGAUGAAAGGACGCAAAAAGGCAGUAAAAAGGAAACCUUUGCCACCCGUUUAGGAACAAUUAAUGGAAACAGACGGAUCUGUAACGGACGCUCAAAGGGCCCGUGAAGGGUUUUUCCGACUUUGCCUAUGGAAUAGGUUUUAAAAAAAGGAAAACACUGCCAAAGUCGGAAAAAGGGGGCAAAAUGGCCGCUAAAAGGGUUCCGUUUUGCAGCCGUUAUUGAGCCUUUCUUUCUUGGUGGGCUGAAAAGAGUCAUAAAAGGACGACAAAAGGGAGAGGCCGCAAAAAGGGUGGAGAAAGAGUGAGGGUGCAAAGGGUCCUGAAAUUCUCUUCUAUUGAUAAUUUCCGAUUUCAUUACUGUUGCAUAUUUUGGUUCAUACACAGUCCCUUGUAAAAAUUAUUCCUAAUUCAAAAAAAAUUGUAUUUCUCAAAAGGGUCCAAAAAGGGUGGAUGAAGGCCGAUGGAAGGACGGAAAAAGGCAGUAAAAAGGAAACCGUUGUCACCCGUUUAGGAACAAUUAAUGGAAACCUUCGGACCCAAUAACGGACGCUCAAAGGGCCCGUGAAGGGUCCUUCCUACUUUGCCUAUGAAUAGGUUUAAAAAAAAGGAAAACACUGCCAAAGUCGGAAAAAAAGGCAAAAGGGCUGCUCAAAGGGUUCCGUUUUGCAGCCGUUAUCGAGCCUUUCUUUCUUCGUGCGCUGAAAAAGCCUCAAAAAGGGUCCUGAUAGUCUCGGCCAUUUCCGAUUGUAUUACUGAACCACAUUUUGGUUCAUAAGCAGUCACUUGUAAAGCUUAUGGAAACCUUUCGGACCCAUAACGGACGCUCAAAGGGUCUCUUUAUAAAAAAAAAAAAGAUUUCCAGACAUCGAGCCCCUUACAAUACGCCAUUCUUCCGAUUAUGUAUACAUUUGUGCAUUGCCGACAUUUUGAUGGAGGCUUUUUCGACAAUUUUCUUCAAAUUACCAACUUUUGGCCUGUUUCCUAAGACUUUUUACAAGGUAAAAGUAUUAUAUAAAUAAUCUUUAAGUUUAAUAUUGAUUUUCAGGAAAAUUGGUCAGUUGUUCCGAUCGCUGGAAUGAACUAUUUGGGCCAUGCUCAAGCGAUCGGAAUCAUUUUCAUUGCUAUCAAUAGGUUGGUUUGGGAAAAAAACAAAAAGAAUAAUAAAGUUAAAUUGUGUUUAGUUGUAACCUAAUCAUUGAAUGAAGUGAAACAAGUCCAUUUCAAAAGAAAAAUUUAAAAAAAUUUGACUGCAAAUUUUAUAAUAAAAUAUACUUUUUUUGAUAGAUUCAGUUAGAACUGUGCGAACAGGAUUUUCUCAAAAAUUUAGAUUUUUUUUAAAAUUUUAUAUGAAAAAUUUAUGAAUUUAUUUAUGAGCGCGCUCUUCUUUUCCAAAGCCUAUAUUUGGUUUCUUCAAGGUUUGCGGUCAAAAAAAGUUUAUCAAUUUGAUUUCGUAAGACUGAUUUUAUUGAAACUUGAAGCUUAAAAUCUCUUAAAAUCUCCGAAAAAAAUUUUUUUUUUUAACUUUUCGUUCGAAAUUAUGAUGGAAAUAGGCUGUAUGUUUGAAGAUGUCCUGACUCUUGUCCUUGACCUAUGCCUUAAAAAAAUUUAUAAGUCUUUUUCAACUAUAAGUCAAUUUCUUGGAUUUUUCGUAAUGAAGAGAGCAUACAUGGGAUAGUCUCGGUGGGACCUGAAAAAGAGGGGAGACUUGGCAAAAAACCGUUAAAAAAAUUGGUUGUCAUGCUCAUCCCAUGUAUGGAGGAGACUUUAAUGAUUUAAGGUUUAUGAAAGGCUCUACAGGUCAUUCCGCGGCAGCUUGUCACGAUUUCCAGUUUAUUUGGAGCUACAGUAGCCUUUUCGGCGCUUCGCUUCGAUGGUCUCGGUGGGCCCCCUUGCGUGCGCCUUUAA